UUUUUCCCCUCCACCUAGACUUGAAUUGCACAACAUAAAGGCAGCAUAAAAUAUUUGCUCUCUGAUUCCACAUAAAGAACUUCAGCUUUCUCAGGAAACCUAGAGCUCUUUGGAAGCCAAGCAUUCCACAAUGAAGAGCUUUUUGGCUUUCCUUGUUGCAAUGGGCAUCCUAGUGACCUUGGGUGAUGCAUACUGCUGGAGGAAAACUCGUAGGCCAGGGGAGGCCAAAGAUGGCUGUAUACUGAAUGGAAAACUGUAUCCCUUUGGACACAUUGAGAGGACAGAAGAUUGCUACCGAUGCGACUGUGAUGAAGGUGGAAUGCAAUGCUGUUCCCUCUUCCACACUCCUGUUGCUUAUGACAACAAGAAUUGUAAAGUUGUCUUCAACAAGAAGCGCUGUGACUAUGAUGUGGUGCAGAAGAACGACCCCUCUAAGAUGUGUUCUGUCUAUUCUCGUGUGGGCUAACCCCUGCUCCAAACCUCUCUGCCUUGCGGAAUUCCUCUGCUUCCUACAGGUGCUCUGCCAUCACAGAGAAGCACGAUGACAUCAGAAAAUCUCAUAAGAGAGCACUUCAGUAGCUGCCUCCUAAGUGUUGUAAUUAAGCUUAUCAGAUGCAUAAUCAGAUAGAGUACCUCAUUUCUGUCAUGAUUGCAUUUAUUGGCUACAAUAAACUGAGAUGAAACAUUCAUAAAUUAUUCAUAUUGAUGUUUAGUUUUUUGCAGUGACAUGGGGAAAAGCCACCUUUGUGGACAAAGAAAUGCAUUUGGCUCUCUACUCUGGCAUGCUGUGUACCGUUACCCUGGCACAAGCCACUGUCAUGGUUUUCAGGUUCUCUUUUAGCCAGGUGUCAAAAUCCAUUAUCAUUUGGAAGUGAUGCACUAUUUGGGACAUGCUCUACCAUGGCUCCUAUUCAGCGUGCACAGACUCUUGGUAAGACCUCGGCUGCUAACGCCUCAGAAAAGUCCGUGAGCAUGAGAGACCAUCAUCCUCCUUCUCCCAUUUUUCCUUGUUUUCAUCAACGUCAUCCCCCAUCACUGGCAGUGGCUGUUCAUGUUUUCAGGUUCUCUGAGAGAUUUAUUUUUAGUGUGAGGCACUGAGAAGUGCAGACCUCAAGAUUAAUGCAGCUCGUGGUAGCCUGGAAUUGUGCCACUUGACAUUGAAGUAUUUCAGAAUUCCAAAUAGUUUUCCUAGCCAAGCCUCACAAAUAAGGAGAGAAAAUAUUUCUUCUUAAAUCUAUGAAAAUGAGUUUAUUACCUUAUAACAUAUUUUGAUGGAGAAGAAGGAGAAUUCUUGCAAUGGGAUCCAGCUUCAGCUGAGGUCUCAGUGUUCAGAGGGUUUGAUCCUGGUAGAGGCCAAGCACCUUUGUUAUCUUUCAGUGCACACCCCAGCACUCACAGUGGGAAUGCAAAGAUCUGGCAGAAGCUCCAUUUGCUAUUAACACCAAAUGCACCACUCAGCAUGUUCCAGCCCUCUGAUUGCAGGCAGGAUUUGGCAUGCAUUUCUGCCCCACCUAAAAAUCACCGGGCUGGAUAAUGCUGUCUACAGCUUAGCUAUCAAUAUUUGUUUCCCAUCAAAAAAGUAUUAUUUCCUAAUCAUAACUCUUCGGAGGAAUUCCAAGUCAUGGAGUGAGCUAUUUACCCAGGUCGGUGCUCUACAAAACGAAGCAUUUUCUCAUUGCCAGCCGGAAAAUUUUCAGAGAUUUCUUUGGAUGUUACAAAAUAUCUGCAUAUGCAUGGAGCAGGCUUUUUCCCCUCCACCUAGAAUUGAAUUGCACAACAUAAAGGCAGCAUAAAGUAUUUGCUCUCUGAUUCCACAUAAAGAACUUCAGCUUUCUCAGGAAACCUAGAGCUCUUUGGAAGCCAAGCAUUCCACAAUGGUAAGUCAAAGGUUUAGAUUGGUUUGAGUGUUUUUGUAAUGGGGAUACAGACAGGUAUUUGCUUUGAAACUGCAAAAGGAGAGCAUUUAAGAGAACCAUCUAGUUACACAUUUUAAAUGUGGCUAUAUUGUAUUUCAAACCUGAAAGAUGCAAAGACAGGAAGACACCUCUUGGAAGAUUACUGUGAAUUUUGCUCUUUGCAUUGGAAUUCUUUGCAAAAAGCUGUACAGUCUUUCUUUGCUGCUUUUCUUUCCUCAGUAAUGUUUGUGAAACCAUUCAGAGUUUUUGAAACAUUCAGGACCAUUCUUUUAAAACUUAUAAAUGUGAAGCACAGUCUAAAAUAUUGUUGUUUUGCAAAGAAAAAAAAUAUGUAUAUAUU